AUGGAAUACACCCCCGAACUUGAGACUUCGGAGCUUCCAUACUUUGCUGUCGAUCCUAUGCUCCUUGACAAUGGGCAUGAUCCUAUGUCGAAGAAGCACAAGCUUGAUUCACUUAGCUCAGAGCCGGAGGACCACAAUAUGAACAUGCCCACAUUGACAGGUACUCAUGGAUAUGCGGGGCACCCUCCGACUCGACGUUUCCAGUCCCCAUUUCUUCCAGCAUCCAAGAAGAUUUGUCCAUCAAAUCAAAAGACUUCAAAGAUUCCAAUUCCCUCAAAGUUGAGGGUCCCUGCUGAAAUUGCUCUGCCGCCAUCAGUUUGUCCCUCUGUACUGUCGUCAAUCUGUUCUACUGCACCACCAUCAAUUCGUUCUUCUGCACCAUUGUCAAUCCGUCCAACUGCACCAUUGUCAAUUCGUCCAACUGCACCAUUGUCAAUUCGUCCAACUGUACCUCCACAAUCCAAUCUUCCAGAAUGUCCCUUGACUGCAGUACCACAAUCGAUACAUCCUCUUCAACCUAAUCCACAGCCCUCUCGCAGUGCCAUCGCAUCUAAGAAACAGGUCGUUCUUGAGCCCCAGGCUUCUUUGACUCCCACUCGCUCGUUUCUUGUCCAUAAGCCCAAUGUUAACCGGCCACGUCCAAAACCAAAACCAGUCGGCAACGCCAUGCAGCCACUUGUGUCCUCAAAGAACACAAUCGCGUUAUCAAGUCACUCCAAGUUGCCACAAGCGAGAGACAUCCCUCCCAUCCCAGAAGAUGAUAGCGACGAUGUGCAACUUGACUCUGGACUCCUAACGCGCAAGUCCAUUGGAGGAAGCAGCAAAGAUAAAGUAUCAGCUCACUCUCGGUCCCAGUUGGAAUCCGGCCGACAGCAUAGCAUGCUUCAGACCAUGCAAGGCGAAAUACUCCAGCUCCGCAAAGAACAGUCUCGAAUUUCCCAAGAUCAUAGCGCGGUUACAAAUCGAAUCGAUAUGCAAGUUGAGGCUAUCAUCCGCUGUCUUGAGGCUCUCGAGGUUCAAGACCCGCAAUCUGCACUGUCUCGCACUGACAAUUCAAUGAAUAAAAUGAUGGGUAUCAAGACCAAUGAAGCCCUGCCAGCACCAGUUGAUAACACGAAUGAAUUUUGGGCCGACAUUGAUGAACUCACCAUUGACAACAAGAUCUUGUCAACGAAAGUUUUACGACCGAAGUGGGAAUUGUCAUGGACAGUGAAUGCGAAGUGGCACAGAGCUUAUGUUGAACGCUUUCGUCGUGAUGCAUGCACAUACGAGCCUACACUGUCUCAAGAUACCGUUGACAAACUUCCUAGCAAGACUCUCAAGUCCCUGAUGGGCAAGGUGUUCAAGAACAUGAAGCAGAAGUAUAAGGAGGCGGAAAAGCCAAUCAGUGUUCAGUCGCUCAAUGUCCAAAGUGCCAGACGUGAGAAACGCCAGUUAGAUAAAGCAGCAUUAGCAUCUGCUGUCCGUCCCGACUUCCCACCACUAGCAGGCGAGGAAUACAACUUUAUUUUUGCAGCGAAGUGGCAAUCAACCGAUUACAGUGGCUCAGAUGCCUCCAAUGACAUCAAUUCGAGUGAUGACGAAGCUGUCUCGCUCCUCAAUCCACGCCAAAAAGCAUACAAGAAGAAGAAGACGACGAUCUUAAUGACAUGCCCACCUGUAUGGCGAUCGAAGGAUUUCCGUAGGGCCAUCAAAGAGAUAAGAGGUGUGGUAGACGAAGAUGUGGAAAAAACAGAUUCCUCGAGUGCAAGGCCCACCCAGGAUGGCGAAAUCAUUGCCGGUUCAUGA